UACUGUCAGUAUAAAAUGCUUGCCCUAAAAUUCAACAUAAAAAAUAAACAAGCAAGUAUCGGAUUUAGCCGAACAGCUCUACAUUUCUUUAAUAUCCACAUGUUGGGUCAAACAUCUUGUUGGCCACAGAAAAUGACAAUUAUUAGCCAUAAGUCUCUUGGUAUUGUAAUGCCUUUAUUGUGAUGCAUUAAACGGAAAUGCUACUUGUUUUACAGUUGCACACUCUGCUUUGUUUUCGUUUAGGGCUCGAGAAAGUGUAUUCAAUUUACGUUUUUGGAUUUAAACUUCAAAUCAUCGUAACAUAUAAUAUCAGCAACUGCUUGAAUCGCAGCAUAGCUCGCGGCUAACGCUACACUAAAGUCAGUUUUCUCUCUGCGCGGUUUAAUCAUUCUGUCAUACAUCGAGCUGUCGUCACCUGACAGGAAAUUAAAGGUUAAAAACCAGUCGUUGGCUAAACCACUGAUGUUGAUUAAGAAGAGAGGACAUACGUGUUUGCUAGCGUCUGGAAUGGCUGCAUUAGUGCUGCUCAUGGUGGUGCUGUACGGGACCAUCGGCCCCCAGCAGGCGGGCGGCUCCAGCCUGAGGCCGGGCUACCAGCUGCGGGGCAGCCCGCUCUACAAGCUGGACCUGAGCUGGCCCCGGAGCCCAGAGCUGUUCACCGGGCAGGUGUUCGGAGUGGCUGUAAACCAGUAUGCUGGGGUGGUGUAUGUGGCGCAGAGAGGUUCCGAUGUGCCCAAGGUGCUGGUGUUCACCACAGAUGGAGAGUUCCUCAUGUCCUGGAACACAACCACCCUGGAGAUGCCCCAUGGUAUAUUCUUAGCAGAUGCGGCCUCAGCAAACCCCACGGUGUGGAUCACAGAUGUGGGGAAUGGCCCAUAUGGCCACAGCAUCAAACAGUACUCACCAUCUGGGAAGCUCCUGCAGGUGCUGGGUACUCCGGGGAAGGCAGGCUCUGGGGUGACCCCUCUCCAGUUCGACCAGCCGGCUGAAAUCUUCGUCCACUCUUCCGGAGAGAUGUAUAUCGUGGACGGUGACGGUGGAAUGAACAACCGCCUCAUCAAGCUGUCCAAAGACCAGCAGGUGUUGUGGAUGCACGGGGAGAAAGGACAAGGCAUGGCUCAGUUCUACAUUCCCCACAGCGUGACCGUGGACGACUACCACCGGGUGUGGAUGGCCGACAGGGGCAACAAAAGGAUCCAGGUGUUCAACUCCAUCACUGGGGAGUGGCUGGGGACCUGGGGGAGCUGCUUCUCCGAGGAUGCACCCUACUCGGUCCGCCUGACCCCAGACAGGAAGUACUUUGUCGUGGUGCAGCUCAACACCAACCAGAUCUCGCUGCUGGAGGCUCCUCCCGUGGGUUUGAUCGGCCAGUGUAGAGUGGUGAGUGUGAUCCAGCUGGCUGAGGAGGUCAAGCCCCACCUGGUGGACCUGGACCUGAAGACGGGGGCCCUGUAUGUGGCGGAGAUAGGAGCUCAGCAGGCCCAGAAGUUCACCCCCUUCAGUCUCGGGGGGGAACUUCCUGUAGUGCCACAUUUUGAAAGAUCAUAGUAAACCAGCAACGCUGAUAAUAAGCACUAUACAUUAUUUCAAACGUUACCAAAAAUUGCCAUGUGAUGUCAUUUGCAAUCAUGUACUCCAGAAAACAGUAAUUAUUUGUCAGUAAGAUAAAACAUCUGGGGUUGAGAUAUCUAAGGUAUCCCCUGACAACCCUGUCUCAUAGAAAUAACAUCUUUGCAACAGAAUUUAUGAAAGUAUGGCUAUACAGGCACCUUAUAUUAAAUCAAGAUAUGUGUUUUAAACUUAAAACUAUGGGUAAAUGCUCAUACUGAAUACAGCUUUAAAUGUUACAACGAAUGAAUUUAGUUUUCUUUUAUAUCCGCUCGUAGCCAAGAAACAAUGAUGAUUGAUUGUACAAUUCUGUUCAGGUGACACACAGCAGUUAGAGAAAGUUGCUUCUCUUUAAUGUGGCGGCAGGCAGUCCCAAAAAAGCUGCAAGAAGCAAACACUUCAACGCGCACAAACAAAUCUUAAAUCUCUGCAUACAUUUGGGCAUUUAUCAGAAAAACAGGUAAAAAUACAAUCCGAUACUAGCAGUGCAGGUGCCAUUUAUGAUGGAUAUUGCAGUGGAAAUUGCGCAAUCAGAUAUAACCACUACAAGCCCUGCCCCAACCUCCAGGGAACACAGCCACCAUGAAUAAUGUGUAAAAAAAAAUACUACACAAGGAAAGAAACACAGGUGGGUCCUACAUUGUGGUUGUGGUUGACCUAAAUAUCCAUCAGUCCAAAUUCUGUAGAAGCCUUAACCUUAUGUGGGACGCAGCAAACUUUUAUCUGCUGUGGAAGCAAAUACAAAAAAGUAGUCUGAUGUAAACACAAAUACAUUUUACAACAACGUUUGCACUGGGCAUCUGCAUUUAGAAAAAUAACUGAUUAGAUGACUGUUAGAUGAGAUUGUGACUCUGAGCAUGUUCAAUUCUACAUUAUUGCUAUCAGGCAUUUAUUCGUAUAAAUGACAUUUAUUUGAGACAGGUUUACAUUUUUGCUGGUUUAAAAAGUUUUUAAUAGUCAUUGUUCAAUUCUACAAGGAUAUUCAAAAUCACUUAGGAACAAUUAUUAAUUACAGGAUGUCUGUUUGAGUAUUUAAUACUUAUUGUAGAGGGCAUGUGUCAUUGCAAUAAUUAGCUAAAACACAAGUUUAAAAAAUAAUAAUUAUACUAUUACAAAUGCUGUAAAUUGUCUAGACAAUAUAGCUAAGGGUUUCAUGUUGUUUAUUUGUUAUCUGGGAUUCUUAAUUGAACAUUAUGGGAUUGUUUCUGAAGUUUUGUGCCUUUUUUAAAAAACUGCAGACACUUUAACUCUUCUGUGCUAUUGUAUGGCUAUUUUAAGACAUGUGUAUGAUUACUCAUGUGUACAUAAAGUCGAUUGUUAAGCAUGCUGUUUGACCUGCAUUGUCUCUAAAUACCAUUGAAGCUGAAAGAAAAAGGAUUAACAUGGUAGGUGUAUAUUGAAUUCUGAUGAUCAGUGUGUGACAGUAUAAUUCCGGUUUUACUCUGUUAGCGGUGCACUGAGACAUAUAUUGUGAUGGCUCGGUGGCGCUUAAAUGAAAUGUUGGAUUUUUGCACUCAUUGUCUUUUUAACCCUCCUUUGCAAUAAUUGAACUUCAGUGUAUGUGUGACUGUUGUUUUCAGGCCCUGGUUUGCUUCUUUUUUUACAGUGUAUAUCUUAAUGGUUCCAAAUGUGUACAUUAACUUGAGUUUACUCAUCUUGAGGAGCACUGCUCGGCCAGUGGGAACAGUGGGAUUGUGUUGUGUGGCUAUGAAGGGGCUUUAUAAAUUCUGAUCCAAAAUGGAUCUCAGUUUGGGCUUGAGACUACAAUGCCUUUACAGAAGGCCUGUGUUACUGACGUGGCGUGGAUAUUAAAAACAUACGGGUUUAAAACAGACAGGAGUUGCCUGACUAAGAUUGUAUUGCAUUAUGGGAAAUGAAGGAUUCAACCUUUUCCGGACUGUGACCCAUACUAUAGUCAGGAUAUUUCUAUAUUUGUAUGAAGUGAAAUACAUCACAGGCCUAAAUUAUGAUGUUGAGAUGGAGCCUUGAAAAAUAGCAGUUAUUAUCAACAGCAGUCUGAAGCAGGCCCACACUGAAGAAACUGAAAUGUUGACUUUAAUUAUAUGUAUUAUGUCAACAGCUUUCACAUGACUAUAUUGGGUUAGUUGAAAACAAUAAUAUUAAUUUUAAAAAGUCUAUUAGUUAAGUUUAAGUUGGUUAAACUUGAUAUUUUUGCUUUAACAAUACAUUUAAUUAAAGUCAACGUUUCAGUUUUAUCAGUGUAUGAUUUGCAUUUCUCAGCAUAUAGUGCUUGCAUAUACAAUAUAUAUGGUGUUGGAAAAUGCAUGUAAAGCUUUUCCCCAAUAAAAAGUUGUCAUGUGUCCUGUAUGGUAUGUACUGUAUUUGUAAAUGUGGGAUUCUUUUUUCUUUUUUUUUAAAAAUGUCUGUCAAUGUUUUAUUUUAUUUGUUGAAUCAUUUAAGUCAACGCUGCAGGGAACGCAAAGGUGAAUAACCUUUACAAUAAAAAUGUUUAAUCAUA